AUGCCGCCAGCUCGAUUUGAUGCAGCAGACCGACGGGGCGAUGCCUGCCAGCUGCGCCAGUUCGUCGGUGGCGAGGGCGGUACCGGCAAGUCGCGAAUCAUCGAGGCACUCGUCGAGCUGUUCAAUAAAAAGAGCCUUUCGAAUCGUCUGCUGAUCACGGCGACAUCGGGGACUGCGGCGGCGCGGAUCAACGGCAUCACGAUCCACUCCGCCUGCGGGUUCACCAAAGACCAAGGGGCGGGGGGCGCAAACAUGGUCAAAGACCUUGACGGGGUGCGGCUGCCGAAACAGGCGGAGCGGUUCAUCCACGGCCAGUCUCGAAUGGAUUGGCAGGAGAAGGAUGUGCUCGUCAUCGACGAGUUCCGGCCGGUCCAAGAGAGGUCGAUCGUCUUGCCUAGCGCGGCCAUCUCGUGGGACGUAGACAACUCGUUCAAGGCCGAGCAGCGUCACCAGCACGACAAAGCGCACGCGCUGUGGAAGAGGUUCACGACGGUCGUCAUGCUGGACGAGCAGAUGCGCGCCGCCGGCGACCCGGAGCUGCAGAGGCUGCUGAAGCGGAUCCGUCUAGGCGUGCAGGAUCGGACGGAUCUAAACCUCCUCAACUCAAGGUGCUACCGGGAGGGAAGGCGGAUCCCUUGGGAGACGGGCAUCACCGUGGUGACGCCGCUGAACAGGAAUCGGUGGAACCUGAACAUGGAGGCGAGCCUGGCGUUCCGGGUCCAGCAGCGGUCGACGAUGCGCAUUUUCAUCUCCGAGCACAAGUGGAAGGAGGAGCUGCCGACGGAGGAAGAGGCGAUCAUGAUACUCAACCAGGGCGACGAUAGCGCGAUCCCGGUGCCGGCCGUCUUCAUGUUCGUGGCCGGGAUGCCCAUCGUCGUGAACCACAACACCCACCAGGGGCUGAAGCUAGUGAACGGCGCGAGCUACUCGGCGGUGGAGGUCAUUGUCGACAAGGCGUACCCGGGGCAUCGGAUCUCGGCCGAUAUGACGAUCCACUUCGGGCCGCCGGCGGGGAUCAUUCUCGAAUCGGAGACGACGAGAUAUCUCCACUUCGUCGGGAUGCCGCCGGGCACGAUCUUGUUGACACCCAUGACCGUGCAGGGCAAAACGCUGGAGCGCGUGGCCCUCGAGCUGCGAGGGACACGGACGACGAAGAUGGAUGGAACGGUGGUGCCCUCGCAGUGCGACCCGUACGGCCUGUACGUGCAGCUAUCGCGCUGCCGAACUCUAGACGGCAUCAUGCUCGUGUCCAAGGUGCGGGACAGAGACUUGGUGGGCAACCGGGUCCCCGAGGAGAUGACUGCCGCACAGGCCAGGCUCGAGGUACUGAGCGAGAGGACCGUUGAGGAGGCGUUGCGCUGGCUGGACGGUGAUGCUGAAGAGUCAAGGCGGCCGGGCUAG